CAGUGGGCGGUUCCUGGGGUAAGAGGAGUUGCAGUCGCUUUUUUCAGCCACCAUAACCUCUCUGUAUUGUUUGAAGCCAUUCCAGCAGCGACACAGUUCAUCCUCUCGUUGUGUUUCCGGCCAAGGCUGCUUAUCUCUCAUUUAUUCACACGCGCACAAGAAAAGCGCGAGCUUAUAAAAGUAGAGGCACGAUAGGGGAACCCAUUGCUCUCCCCACGACUUCCCGCGCCAGCCAGGCUGAGUCACCACUGGAGAGUGGGAAGGUCUGGAGAGAAAGAACGAGAGAACGAGAGAGAGAGGGGAGGGAGAGAAGAAACAACCACGAGAGGAAGAGAAGACGCCACACACCACUUGUAUGCGAGUGUGUGAGAGAGAGCGAGAGCAACUGAGCGAGCUGCCGGGAGAGCGCGAGUAAGGGAGGGUGAGAGACACCGCCGGCAUCGAGGCUGGGAGGCACCAUGAGCGAUGUCACCAUCGUCAAAGAAGGCUGGGUGCAAAAAAGGGGAGAAUAUAUCAAGAACUGGAGACCACGCUACUUCCUGCUGAAAACGGACGGAUCGUUCAUAGGUUACAAAGAGAAGCCACAGGACGCAGACCUACCCUAUCCCCUUAAUAACUUCUCUGUUGCAAAAUGCCAACUGAUGAAGACAGAACGACCAAAGCCCAACACAUUCAUCAUCAGAUGUCUACAAUGGACCACCGUCAUAGAGAGGACCUUCCAUGUGGACACACCAGAGGAAAGGGAUGAGUGGACGGAGGCGAUCCAGAUAGUAGCAGACAAACUCCAAAGACAGGAGGAAGAGAGGAUCCAAUGCAGUCCCACGUCUCAGAUGGACAACAUCGGAGAGCUGGAGGAGAUGGACACCUCUACCAGCCACCAUAAACGGAAGACAAUGAAUGACUUUGACUACUUAAAACUACUGGGAAAAGGCACUUUUGGUAAAGUGAUUCUAGUGAGAGAGAAGGCUAACGGGAAAUAUUAUGCAAUGAAGAUUUUGAAGAAAGAAGUCAUUAUUGCAAAGGAUGAAGUGGCACACACACUCACAGAGAGCAGAGUAUUAAAAAACACAAGGCACCCUUUCCUAACUUCUUUGAAGUAUUCCUUCCAGACUAAAGACCGCCUGUGCUUUGUAAUGGAAUAUGUGAAUGGAGGAGAGCUGUUUUUCCAUUUGUCGAGAGAGCGGGUGUUCUCUGAGGACCGCACGCGCUUCUACGGUGCCGAAAUAGUCUCCGCUCUGGACUACCUGCACUCCGCCAAGAUUGUGUACCGGGAUCUCAAGCUGGAGAACCUAAUGCUAGACAAAGACGGACACGUCAAAAUCACAGACUUCGGGCUCUGCAAGGAAGGAAUCACAGAUGCUGCUACAAUGAAGACUUUCUGUGGAACGCCGGAGUACCUAGCUCCAGAGGUGCUGGAGGACAACGACUACGGCCGGGCGGUGGACUGGUGGGGUCUGGGCGUGGUCAUGUACGAGAUGAUGUGUGGUCGGCUGCCCUUCUACAACCAGGACCACGAGAAGCUGUUUGAGCUCAUCCUCAUGGAGGACAUCAAGUUCCCCCGCACGCUGUCGUCAGACGCCAAGUCACUGCUGUCAGGACUACUCAUAAAGGACCCCAACAAAAGGCUUGGAGGAGGUCCAGAUGAUGCUAAAGAAAUCAUGGGACAUAGUUUCUUUACUGGAAUCGAGUGGCAAGAUGUUUAUGAUAAGAAGCUGAUACCGCCCUUCAAACCUCAGGUGUCGUCAGAGACAGAUACCAGGUAUUUUGACGAAGAAUUCACGGCACAGACAAUUACAAUAACUCCCCCUGAAAAAUUUGAUGAAGAUGGGAUGGAUUGCAUGGACAACGAGCGGAGACCACACUUCCCCCAGUUCUCCUACUCGGCCAGUGGGAGAGAAUGAGCGCUGUAUCCAGACAGUACUGCACCACCAUCAGUACCAAUGGAAGGUUACAGUAUAAAACCAACCUAGCCUGAGCUAACCCCUCCUCUCUCCAUUUGGGUCAUUCCAUAGUGAGCAUGGAGAUCCAUCACUGUACGUUUUAUGUGUCUGUUUUUUUCAUGGGGAUUUUGCAUGUGUGGUCAGACAGAAGUUCAGCCCUGUUGGUAGUUUCCGACAGUUAAUGGUGCAUUUCUUAUGGAAUGCUCCUUUUAAAGCCUUGAAACUGACUCAAGAUGGCAAAUGGGUUUGUUGUGUUGUGUCUUUAGUGCCCUUGGUCAUUGACUUCUGAGAUCCAGUUCUAUCUACUGUAGGAGACUGACAUUCCUGCUAGGGAGAGCUGCUGUCUAGCAUUCUCAUUUCACAUAGGACAGUAUACUAGAACUCGAGAUUCACAGGAGAUUCUCCAUUGGUUUGCUGUGUCAUAAUCUGCAACGGUCCUCAUUCUUCUCUUGAUGACAUUUGGGUUUACACAUUAUCGUUUGGUUAGCUAACAUCUGUGUUGUGUGUGUGUAUAGAAAUACGUUAUACUGUAGGAUUAGAGAUGUUUGCUUUCAGAAGUCAAAAACUGCCAGAAAACGGUUCACUCAGGCUACACAGAGAUCAAUCUGUCUUCACCUCAGUAUACAGGUCACUGGUACUGCUAUCUUUACUCUGCAGGUCAAGCUACAAGCGCUAACUAUACAAACCACCUCCACCACUUCUCAUGGACACUAUGACUGUAGUCUCACAUAUUAUACUGUUACGUCAUUUUGUUACUUAUUUAAGGUGUGCAAAAGUAAAACUCUAGUCUCGUCUGCUAUUUGUUGAUAAGCUGUGAUUUUUACUUUCUCCUCUCGCCUGUGAAAUCAGUCAUUCGAAUAGUGUGAACGCUUUGGGAUGUUGCUCUGCCAAUGUUAUGUAUGAAUGGGAGUAAAUGUUUGUGUACUGUGUAUAGAGAUUUUAAGAGAGCCUGAAGGCACAGCACUGUUGGCUGUAACCUCCUGUGAAUCCGAGCUGUGCGUUAGCUGUCAGGAACAGCAAGGUUCACCUCAACCUGUCUAACAGUGAGGAUGAGAGGAAGAGCAUUCUAGGUAUGUGUGUCAGGGUUAUCUGGCUGAAGGUAGAUGCUUCCCACAACUGAAAUUAUGUAAAGCUUUAUUUCAGACAUAUCAUCGCUAGAAAAUAAAAGCAUUCAAAAACUCAAAUGUAUCAAUGUGAAUGAGAAAUGCAAGAUGGUGGCUGUUUACUGUCUAAUGCUCCUGUAAGGGGAAUGGCUAAUGGGGUUUGGGGGUGGGGGGGGGCUAAACCUGUAAGGGUGAAGGAAUUAGAAUUAUCUGACCAGGGUGGGGGACAUACUGUAUAACUAUGAUUCAAUGGGGACAAGUAAGAGGGAGGUAUUGGCACUGUUUGAUUUGGACCACAGCAAUGGCUUCCUGUUUUAUUUAUUUGUUCUUCUUUUGUAUAACUGUUCUUGUUAUAUGAUUAGGAGUAAUGUCCAGUCUUUUGUUCUGGAUGAAAAAGGCACCUCGAAUAAUGGCUUAAGAAUGUAGAAGCAAAGCCUUCAUGUUGUCGUUUUUGUUCACAUUUUUUGGGGGGGUUUGUUUCUUUGUUCUCUUACCAAAAUAUGACGACAAUGAAAAAGACAGAGCAGACAGCAUAUUAAAGAGUUCUAUCAGUACCAAGGUAUUAUUAUUAAAUAUUUUCCAUAAGACUUUUACAUUUCACGGGCAUCUAACCUGGAAUGUCUAAGUGGUAUUAAAACCUUUAAGUUCUCUUCUCCACAUACAGUAUAUAAGGGCUGUAUAAGCUUCAACUCCCUUUCCAACUGGUAUGACGCUCCUGUUGUCUUCUAGCAUCUGAGCAUUCCUGUAAUACAUGUAAAUACAUGAGAAUGGCACAGAACAAGCUUCCUCAAACAGUCUAAUUUACUACAUUUUAGUUGCUUAAUAACACACUGCACGUUUAGGCCUUUUUCUUUACCUCUGCUUUUUAGAACAAGAAAAAUAUGACAUUAGAAUGAAUAACUUAAGCAUUUACAAAGGGAAUAUAUUCAUUGGCUCUAUGGUUUUAAAGUCAAGAGAUUGUAAGAAUAGGCAUAGAUGGAGAAUAGCUAUAAAGCUUACUGAAAUAAUGAGUAUUAUAGACUGUGACCAAUGUUCCAGGGGUAGAUACACUGUAGACUGUUUGGUAAUGAGUAUUAUAGACUGUGACCAAUGUUCCAGGGGUAGAUACACUGUAGACUGUUUGGUAAUGAGUAUUAUAGACUGUGACCAAUGUUCCAGGGGUAGAUACACUGUAUAAUUAACUUUAUUUUGUGGCUGACUACUUUGGGAUCUUGUAACAGCCUUCAAUGCUACAUAGAAUGUAGUUUCCUUAACAUUGUGUUGUAUUACCAUUUUACCAUAGCUAAUAGUCAAUGACCAAUCAUUUUUUGGGGUCAUCAUUUGAUUGAAGUGUACCACAGUCAGCAUAGGAAUCUUCAAGUGAUAGUCAAGUCAACCACCUACUCUAUGCUGACUGGCAUCAUUUGAUUUAUUCUAAAAGUGUACAACAUUCAGUAACUUUAGCUCUGUGGGUGAAGAGCCAUAGUAUUCAAUGGUACAUAAACACACCAUUCUGUAUAACUAUGUCUUUUUUUUGCUAUUUUAAAGCUAGUUUCCUUCAAUUCUACACAUUCUGCCAUGUCUUAUGUGUGUUCAUGUCAUAUCUGAGUGACUCAAAACAUUACAACAUAAUUCAUGGGCUAAAAAAGCAUUAGCUGACCUGGGCUAGUUGAUCUGGACAUUUCUGACAAGUUAAAUAGGUCUCUAAGGUCUACAAUGACAAGAGGAAAACUACUGAUGCACUACCCAAUUUUUAAAUGGCACCUUGUGCAUUCUACUAUUACAACUUUCAAAAGUUGAAAGCCCGACUAAGUUCCUAGGGGAACCACUAAGGCACAAGUCCACUAGUCAUAAGUUAGCCUUGCUUAGCAUCAAUGUGACCUACUAUUAUCCAUUGAAAGGACAGAGUUUACACAUUCCUGAUUUCCAGGUUACAUUCAAGUUCCAUUUCAGAUGUGAUAUAAUUUAGGUUCAGUAUAUUCCACCAGUGGUUUGCAAAGCAAGGAGAACGUAGCCUAUCAUGCUAAUGUCAGAGCAGAAGACAAACCAUUUGUAGCGAGAGAUAUCCUGUCUGUGAAGGUAUGAAAAGAGUUAGAGUGAAUGUAGUGACGUGGACCAAAAAGACCAAAGCAGAUGUAGUGACAUUUCUCAGAUUAUUACACAUUCCCAAAGGAUGAAUGAUUGGUCUUAUAUUCGUUGUAGUUGAUGGGGUCCAAUAAGAGAGAAAAGAGGAAGUUGAGCAAGAGAGAGUCUAUUGAACAGGUAUGAGGGCCAUAACUUCAAAAAGUGUGACAUGAUUGGUCCAUAUUUAAGCCACUAGAGAAAGUCCAUUUUUUUGUUGUUGUAGCAUGGAACAGGUGUGGUUUUGAGAUUAUAUUGCAAAAUGAGCAAUGGUGAAUCUUGUUCAGUUGUGAUACAAGUAGGAAGUUAACUCUUCUCAUAAGAGAAGACCGUGAAAUAUGGGAAAGACAUUAUUUGUCUUAGCAGUUAAUUGUUCAUGAUUGAAUGUCAGUGUUGUUUUAUUAAUAUGGCCAAUAAUGUAUCGUAGAAGAAUGUGGAGAGAAACUGAACAAUGUGCUGUGAUCACUAACCCCUAGGCUUUCAAUUGUGUGGUCGUCUGUUAUGGUUGAGUUUUCCUCUUUUGUCUUCCAAGAUGCAUUCCUUUUUUGUUUUUGCUGGUAUGUGUUUUGACAAAAAAAGAAUCAUUUCACCAUGUAUGAUUAAUAGAGGCUUUUAUGGCUUACAGUGUGAUUUUGAAUCAUUUUUAUUUCAACAUUUUUUUUUUAUCAAUGGACAACUUGAAUUUGUUUUGUUUAUUUUUGAAUUGAAUAUGGUUGAGUAUAAUGUUUUGGGGUAUUUAGCAGUCCUGGUCUUUAGUACUGCAGCUGAUUAUGGACGAGGGGGAAGGAAGGGAGCGUUACAGUACUGUCUCUUUCGCCUUUUCGGCAUUACUAUUCUUUUUUCUGUGAAAUUCUGUUUCCUCCACCAUUUGUUAAAGUCACACAAAGAAAUAAAAUAUUGCAUAAUUAUGUCAGAUGCUUGAUUAUGUUCCUGGGGGAGAAGAUCCGCGUUAAAGCUUGAUUUUCCCGCAUUGCGGAAACUGCAUUCAUGGUAAAUGCUGCAUAUGUUGGCCCAAAUCGGAAAUUGUCUUUACAUUUUAACGCAGCUCUUCCACGAUACGGAUUGAAUCCAACCCUUAGUCCCCCUUAACAGAGACUCUCAUUCCAAAUUGUAAAAAAAAAAUGCAAACUGAGAAAUCGUGAUCAGUGGUGAAAAUAUCGUUAGUCGUCGCCUCCCACGGUAUGUUGACAGACGCUACGAUACCAUCCUAUGUUAUGUGCCUCUGACAACGAGAGAUUACUGUGGCACUGCUUCAGACACAGAAGACUUCACAUUUCGCUUGGCUGAACUGUGACUAUUGCUGGCUUCACGUGCUUGUGGGAAAUAGGAAACUGGGAUGUCAAACAUGACUGUGUUCAAGAGAAGUGCUUUUGAAGUCGGAACAAUUCUUCAACCAAUAAGCUUUUAGCUAGCUUGAUAAGCUUGCUAACAUUGCUAAUAAUAAAGUUUGCUAGCUUGCUUUAUAUUGACAAUAUGGUCAGACUUGCUACAUUAUUCACAUUGAUAAGGUUAUUGUAAAAAACAUAUGUUGUCAUCUUUUGGUUGAAAAGGUAAAAGGUCAGUGGUAAGACGUGGCAACUCGGGGAACAACCUUUUCUCUGAGUUUGCCACUUGUAAUUCCGACUUGGAGGGUCAUUCAAGUGAAUUUUCCCACUGGGAAUUAGGAGCUUCCUAUAACUCCGAUAGCACGUGAACACGGCAAUACUUCCAUUUCAUCCAUAUGAAUAUGCACUUGUAAAAAAGGAAUAGACUGUUUUUAUAAGGACAUAUUUGAGAACAGGGAAUUUCAAGGGGGAAGCGAAUGUGGGCAAGGGCAAUUGGCCAAAACGAUAAUACGCUUUGUGUUAUUACAUUUAAAAAACUGCUUUCAUGUAAAUGGCUCCUUUUAUGAUUUCAGAGAACUGAAAAUUGCCCUUACAUUUUUUUUUUACUUUUAAAGAAAAAUAAGAGAAUUACUUGAAAGCACAGUCCCUCAUGCAGUCCAUGCUUAAAUUAGUUUAUUGUUAAAAUAUUGUCAUAAUGAAGUGUGAUAAUAACAAGGCCAGGAGAGGCUGCCGGGAGACAACUUCAGCUGAGUGACACUGACGAGGUCUUACCUUUCUACUGGACAUGUCUUACCUGUUAUUCUAAGAGAGCUCAGUUCCACAGGAAGGUUGGACGUCGGCAGUUUCACUCAGUCUCAACGAUUCAAUUUAGAACUCGCAGAUAAAAAACUAAAUGUAGCUAUAUGUGAGGAGGAUGCGUAGAACAUCCACCUAGAAAUCCCAGAUGUUUGUUUCUGUGGGUCAUUAACAUAGAGUGAUGUUCAGUUCCACUGGGUGAAGCAUUCUAGUGCCGUUGGCCAUCUCCAGGGUCAAAGGUCUGGGGUGAGCUGUGUGAUCGCCUCCACUCCGACCAACGACAAUGUGGGUUCUAUUCUUACUAACUGCAGGGUCUAUAUAUAAAUCUAUUUUACACCUCAGUGUACACACUUUGCUGCUACUGUUUGUAAUGUCUACAACAGAUUUUCUUGUCAUCUUGCUCCUGGUAGUGUUAUGAACGAGCAUGAAUUGUAAAGUAUUUAUUUAAAAACAAAUCGCUGUCAGAUGAAAACCUCAUCUCCAAAACUGAAAACUUUUAGGAAAUUGAAAAAAACUGCCAUAUUUUCCCAUUAACGAACAUACAAUUAUGAACUUUCAGAAGCUAUUUUAAAUACAUUUUAUUGGUCCUAGAGUCAAUGUUCAGAGUACAUUGAGUGGACUUACUGCUUUCAAUACAUGUAAAAAAAAAAUAAGGCAAAAAGUGGAGUUACGAGGUUUUCAUCCAACAGCGACAUAAUAAUAACUUGUAAUUAAUUUGAUGUCCAUGUAGCUUCAGAGUUUGACAUUUUCUUGAUCUUGCUAGCUCUUUCAUUAGAUCCACGUUAAGAGAUAGUCGUGUGGUUAAGGAUUUUAAGCAGAAGGGAUGAAGUAUCAGAACAGAGAACCGUUCUAGUACUCCCUGUCAUUAAAGAAUACAAAACCUUUUCUUUCCCCUUGUGAAUAGGACCCAUAAGGAUGUGAAAAUUAUAUGAUCUGCAAGAAAGUGUUUUUGUACACUGUACGUCCUUAGUAUUUUUACACGUAAAUGUAUAUGAUAGGGAUACACAUUAUUUUCCUUCUUACAGACCGCUUAAAUAAAGCACCUUGUCAAUCUGC